ACUGGCGCAGCCAGUGAUGAGCCGCUUGACCUCUCCUGUCCAGUGAUCAGGCAAAAUGACAAAGGCGGAGCCGGUCCAACCGCAGACUCUAGAGGCAGUUAUGGUACUCUCUCAGAUACAGCUUUUGGGAACAAGGAGGUGUGCUGUCUUCGGCGAGGGAGAGCUCCCACUCGCUCACGGGAUGUGGCAGUGUGUAUGAACAGUACAACUGGUCCAUCAGGUCUCAUGAAACGGUGCAACAGCUUUGAGAGUGGCGCUAAUAGUCUAACGAGCCUCAAGCAUCUGGAGGAGGUGAUUCAUUCUCUUUCGGACAUAAGAUCCGUACUACCGGCAUCAAGGGUCUCUGCUGCAGGUGUAAGUCGGUUAUCUGCCAAAGGUGCAAUCUGCCAGGACACGACGCGAAUGCAGUCUGAUUCAGUUGAACUCAGUCUGGGCAGUCAUCCCACGGCCCUUUCUAUGCCCUCAAAGAUGGCGCCCAAUGCAUUUCCUCUGCCGUUCAUCCCACCAACUUUAUUCAGUAAUCCACUCCUAUCUCCUCGACCAACCUUUAACCUCUUUGAUGGAUUAGGCUUUCUCAAGAACUCGGGUACUGAUUCCAGGACACAGAACAACCUCCCACAAGACUUCGGAGGAAUACUUUCGCCAAAUUUUGGUUUUUCAAAAGACUCAUCUCUGUCUGCCAUGUUCUCCCACUUGAUGAUGGUGAACCGAUAA